UUCUGCUCCUUCCCAUCAUAUGACACGUGAGGUCCGUGAUUCAGAUCGUGAUGCUGCCAGGGAGCCUUGUCCAGAUAGGAUCGUAGAGGAUCUUGGUGGGGCCUUUGGUAUGGGUUGUGUUGGUGGUUUCCUAUGGCAUUUUGUGAAAGGCGCUCGUAACUCCCCUCGAGGGGAACGAUUGCAUGGUGCAUUGUAUUCGGCCAAGACACGGGCACCGAUUCUAGGCAGUAGUUUUGCUGUUUGGGGUGGUACCUUUUCGGCAUUUGAUUGCAGUCUACAGUACAUCCGUCAGAGGGAUGAUCAUUGGAACGCUAUUGCGUCUGGAUUCCUCACUGGAGGUGUAUUAGCAGCAAGAGGAGGAUGGAAGACAGCAAGCAAGAAUGCUGUUGUAGGUGGCAUAUUGUUGGCCAUUAUAGAGGGAGUAUCAGCCUUGCUGAUGAAGAGCUCCUCACAAACACCAAGGGAACAAGCAUUGAUGCAAAUGCAACAAGAGAAGUUAGUACAAGAGUAUCAGGAUAAGCACGCAGCGGCGAAGAAAACAGCUGAGGAGGCAGCUAAGGAUGGGUCUAUGCUCUCUGGUCUUGGCGGACUAUGGGGACGGCCACACAAGGAGAAAACUGAAGGGGAGCCUUCUUCUUCUUCCAGCAGCAUGAGCAGUUUCUCAUCAUCAUCAGAGCCAACUGAUUCGAGCGCAGAAUCGUCGUCGAUGUACACUUUCCAACCGGAACCGACGAGUUCUUAAUUUAUCAUUAAUCGCCGCCCUCAGUAGUAGCAACAGCCUCCCCGUUUCGGCUUGUCGUCUACUAUUCGCAUACCUACUACACCUGUUACUUAUUCCUGUUUGUUUC